AUGUUCGCCUCGGGGGAAAAAGGAGAGGAGGAGAAGAAGAAGAAGAAACUGGGUUCGGAACCAGAGGUGGAAGGAAUUCGUGGAAUGGGGUUUUCUGAUUUUAUUCAGCGUAUCAUCCGCAGCACGUGUGAGGACCAAGACCCGGGUAUGACGGAAAUCCUGCCUCAUCUCCGAACUUCGGGUAAAACUGAGAAGUUGAAAUCGGAUCUCAAUUGCGGCAUUCCACGAAGUACUGCCAUUAUGGAAAUUUCCGAAGACAAGGACGAGAUUUUCGGUCACAAGGCCCCUGGAACGUCUCAAAAUCUGUCGGAGAAACGCAAGUCCGUAUGUCGGGAGCACAAUUAUCCGGGUGAAGGCGGAAGCGGAAACAUUUCCCCCUUGGCCAAGUUCAGUAGUCUCUCUGAGAAACGUAGGGUGAAACGAGUGAGAAGUGAAGGAUCCGACUUCAGCUCAUCAUCUUCUUGCGACUCUUCGCCAGUGGCUGCUGCUCUGAAAAUCGAAAAUUAUGAAGGGGACAAGUUCCAGAUUGAAGCCUCGUCUUGGAUGAAAAUCAAUGCCCGGAUCCGGAAGGAGGAGCACGCCAAGUUCCGGGAAUUAUGCCGAAAAGCCAAGGAAACCCUUUUUCCGGAACGUGCCUCGCAAUUGGAGAGCAAAGCUGUCGAAAACAAGUCAGUUAUUCGGAAACUGUCGACUGUCCAAGAGCCCGGCAUUCUCAGCAGUCUCUUGUCGAAAGGUAGCGAAGUUACUUACUUGUGUCGCUGGAAACUGGAGAAGGAAACGGUCUGCAAGUACGUUGACCGCGACGACCUGCUGAAAUGUUGUCCGAAAGCCAUUGAGAAAUUCAGUGUUGGAAUGCAUGAGUCUGAGGGGGUCAUUCCGACGAGUCGGAAUGUGAAGGUCGAACCUGCAGGAACUGCUGAGUUCAACUCUCCUUAUGAAGACAAUGAGGAAAACGUGGAAGUGCCGAUUCGGAAGCGGAGAGAUGGACCAGGUUCCCAAGGAGACCCGAAACGUCGCCGGGCUGAGGAACGAGCUCUCAGUCCUCCUACACCGCUCAUGUCACAGGCCCUGACCCCACCGCCGCCCUGGCAAUUCAACGCAUUCCCGAAGAUGAACCCCCAGCACCUGAUGGCCCUCAUGCAGUACCGAGCUUUCCUGGCCCGAACCCAACAGGGUCUCCGGGCGAGCAUGAUGUAA